GAUGUAGGCUUUUGAAAUAACACCUAGAAAUAUAAAAUUGAGCUGUUUUAUAGCUUGUUUGGUUGACGUUCUUCUGGAAUGCCAAAAGUGCUUAUUUUAUAAAGUUGAGGCGUUUGGUCGAGAUUUUAGGGAAAAAUAAGUGCUUUUGAUCAGUAGCAGAAGUUAAAGAAAAAAGUAGCUUUUUCCCUUGAAGAACUUUGGGAAAUGUCUUUAUAGUCUGUAUGUAUGUUUCUUGUGGAAAGUCAAAAAUGCUUAUUUUAUGAAGUUACGGUGUUUGACCAAGAUUUUAGGGAAAAAUUAAUGCUUUUGAUCAGUAGUAGAAGCGAAAAAGAAGUAGCUUUUCCCUAUAAGCACUUUGGGAAGUGUAAAAUUGAGCUGCUUUAUAGUACGUCUGUACGAUGCUUUUGAGAAGUCAAAAGUACUUAUUUUAUGAAGUUGAGGUGUUUGAUCAAGAUUUUGGGGAAAAAUAAGUGUUUUUGAUCAGUAACAGGAUCUAAAAGAAGUAGUCUUUCCCAGAAGCACGUUUGGAAUAUUGAUCAAACACAAAUUAUUGCUUUGAUAUUGACAAACAUGGUUUUUAAAUGAGUUAAAUGGUGAAAAACACACCUAAAGUAUUUCGGUUUUUGAGUUUAAUCCCCAAACUAAUAGUUGUGCGAGUUUCCUACCUGAACUAUCAUGGUAUCACCAACUAUAUAUCCAAACACAUCUCAACUAUCAAUUGUUCACUUUUCCUGGCAUGUGUUUUUGACGCUUAUUACUAUUUCUUCAAAAAUACUUUUUUGAAACGAACUUCUGGCAAGAAAAACACUUUUUUAAAUGAAUAAAUUUUGGAAUUUUGGUUAAAAGACUAUUAUGAGGAGAGAUAGGGUUAGAAAUGAGGUUAUUCGAAAGAAGGUGGGAGUGUCUUCGGUGGAAGACAAGAUUCGUGAAGUGAGGUUCCGAUAGUUCCGGCAUGUGAUGAGGAGGUGCACAGAUGCUCCGGUACGGAGGUGUGAAAGGCUGACUACGGAUGGUUUUAGGUGGGAUAAGGUGCGCGGAAGAAAUAUUGAAGGGAGGUGAUUAGGCAUGACAUGGAGCGGGUACAACUUAUGGAGGACAUGACCCUUAUAGGAAGGUAUGGAGGAUGCGGAUUAGGUACAGGGUUAGUGGGUAAGAGUGCAUCCGUAAUAAUAUGGAGGAGUGCUUUGUUUGUAUCUAUACCCAUAGUUUAUUGUUCGUAGUAUUCUGAUGAUGUUUGUGAUCUCGAAUAGAUAGUUUAUACUAUUACUCUGUCGGUGUCUUGUUUCUAUUAUUAUCUAGCGGUGUGUUAUCACAUUUUGUUGUUUAUUUUUAUGUUUUUUUGUUUGUUAUAUUGUUAUCUGUCCCGAGCCGGGGGUCUAUCGGAAACAACCUCUCUACUUCAUUAGUGGUAUGACUGCAUACACUUUACUCUCCCCCGAUCUCACUUUGUGGAAAUACACUGGGCAUUGUUGAAGCAAUCAGCUUAUGUGUAGAUGUAGAGAGAAAGAUGGAAGGAAAUGCAUGUGACGACGUUGAUCACUUGGAUUCAGAUGUGAUUUUGCCUCCUCGAAAACGGCUUCUGGCAGGAUUGAAAAAGCAUAGCGACAUUAAUCCAUGUAACCCGUCCCCGCCUGUUGAUGAUAUUAUGGGAUUUGAGUUUGAUAUCCGUCUAAAUAACCUGUUGAAGUUUCACUCGGAUGGUUGUAAUCAUUCCAUCGAGGAGAUUGCUGAGGCCUCGAGAGUGGCAGCUGCAGAAGCUGUUAAGCUUGCGAAAGCUGCAAGAGCUAUUGCCGAAGAGAAAGCUGCAAAAGCAGCAGAGGCCAUGGCUGCUGCUAAGAAUGCUAUAAAGUUGGUUGGUACUUUUUCUGAUGAGGUAACUGCUAUAGACGAGUACUCGAAGAAGAAUAAGAUGAAGAAGCAUGUUCCUGUUCAGACGCUGUAUAAUAAGUCUAACGGAACCAAGAAUUGUAGAACGGAUGAAGAUUUAGCUUGGACGUUAAGUAAGACAAUAAAGAGUUCUCCAAGAAAAUCGAAGAACUCAACCCCUGACUCUAGAAAUCACAAACAUAAGAGGGUUAAAAUCUCUUCUACUUCGGAAGAUGCUACGCGGAGCCGAUCUUCCACGAGCAAUGGGAUUGAUAUUGCUGAAAUUAAGUCAUCGAAUGGUCUUAUCCAAGAGGAAGAACCAACUAGAUUAGACUCAACCAUCGCGAAACUCAAUAAGGCCGACCACAGAAAGAUGGAAAAUGGGGAAUCAUCUCAAUCUAGUAAAGCUGACUGUCUAAAUGUGGGAAAUGGCAAAGGAGAACCAAUGAACUCAAAGGAGAAACUCGGAGAAUCUGCCGUUGGCAAAAAGAGGGGGAAGUUGAAGCAGAAAAAGGACAUGAAUUCCAAAAGUUCUUCAUCAGCUACUGCGUUUAAGACAUCCACUCGCGUCAAACAAUAAGUCAAGACGCAAUUACAGUCUUUGCAUAUUAGUUUCAAGAGAGGUGGCUACUGCCAUGGGACUUAUGUCUGAGGAUUUUGUUUAGCUCCUGGAGUUCCAUUUCCAGGUACUUAUUGUUAGCGGGCGAUAUCUGGAGUUAUCAUCAGCAACAUUAGAAUUUAGAAGUGUAAUAUUUGCUCCAUCGUUUCUGAUGUAGAUAUGUAAGCAGCAACACUGUUUUCUUUUCUUCUUUCUUUUUAAAUUGUUGAUCUUAUUUAUAUGUCUUGAGUGGAUUAUAAACCAAUACACCAUAAAUGCUUGUAAGCAUGAUGUUUUUUCUUGAAUUAAUAAUUCAGUCUCUUCA